GUUCUGGCCCGCCCGCGCCCCUCGCCGCCCCCGCGCGCCCCCAGCGCUCCUCCAGCCAGCUCGGGCCGCUCAGCUAUGGAUUGCCUGCUCGCCGGGCGCUGAAGGCAUCCCCGGGACCCGGAGCGCAGCCCGGGAAAGAAAUGCACAGCGGUAUUGAUGAGUAGAUCCUUGGAUUCAGAGGUUGGCUGAAACGCACCAUGCCUGCUUCCAUCUUUUGCUCUGUAAAGUUGUGAAUUGCUCAUGCCUAUAGGGAGGAAGGAUGGCACAUGGGAUUCCUUCUCAAGGCAAAGUUACCAUAACGGUGGAUGAGUACAGCUCAAACCCCACCCAGGCAUUCACGCACUACAACAUCAACCAGAGCAGAUUCCAGCCUCCACAUGUACAUAUGGUCGACCCCAUCCCAUAUGACACUCCAAAACCAGCGGGCCACACGCGGUUUGUCUGCAUCUCAGACACACACUCCAGAACAGAUGGUAUCCAGAUGCCUUAUGGGGACAUCCUUCUCCACACAGGCGAUUUCACCGAGCUGGGACUGCCCUCAGAGGUUAAGAAGUUUAAUGACUGGUUAGGAAACCUGCCAUAUGAAUAUAAAAUAGUGAUUGCUGGGAAUCAUGAACUGACAUUUGAUAAGGAAUUCAUGGCAGACCUUGUUAAACAGGACUACUACCGUUUCCCCUCUGUGUCCAAAUUGAAACCAGAGGACUUUGACAAUGUUCAGUCCCUCCUGACAAACAGUAUUUACUUACAAGAUUCGGAGGUAACAGUGAAGGGAUUCAGGAUAUACGGUGCACCUUGGACCCCGUGGUUUAAUGGAUGGGGCUUUAACCUACCCAGAGGUCAGUCUCUGCUGGACAAGUGGAACCUCAUCCCUGAGGGCAUUGACAUACUCAUGACACAUGGACCUCCUCUAGGUUUUCGAGACUGGGUUCCAAAGGAGCUUCAAAGAGUGGGCUGUGUGGAGCUGUUAAACACGGUUCAGAGGCGAGUCCGGCCCAAGCUCCAUGUGUUUGGUGGAAUCCAUGAAGGUUAUGGCAUCAUGACCGACGGUUACACAACGUACAUCAAUGCCUCGACGUGUACAGUCAGCUUUCAACCGACCAACCCUCCAAUUAUAUUUGACCUUCCAAACCCACAGGGUUCCUGAAGCUCUAAAUGCCCUAUUGGAAUGUGAGGGAAGGUCUACAAACUGCCAUUUUUCUAAUUAUAAACUUACAUUCUCUUACUUAUUUCCAAACCCUGUGAGUUCUUUUUGUAAAUUGUUGGAACACAAAUGAUGCUAGAAGUUGUGCUUCUUCUUUAUUUUAUUUUAUUUUAAAUGGGGCAUCCAUUUGAAAUCAGAGGAACAUUGUGAAUUUGUAAAUUGACUUCUGUUUUCUUAAAGGCCAUGCCAUUGUAAAUUGUUAGUGUUCGCCAAAGGACAGCCAAGCUUUCUUUUAAAAAGUGAUAAAAGUCUUAUUUUAAUAUGCUUUAAGCUGAAAGAAAAAAAAUAAGAAACAGGUAGGCAGUGUUUUAAAAACCAACAGAGAUUUGCACAACUGUUUAAGAGUAUUGUUUGAAAUAUUUUAGUUUUCGAUGUUUUGUUGUUGUUGUUUUCUUGGUAAUGCUUCUUUUUUGCAGAUGUGGUCCCGAUUUAUAGCAAUCUUCUCAACAGAAGCAGGCAUGGAAAAGACGUCUUUUCACACUCUCACUAUGAAGAAAGCUGCGUUGAGAAGAAAACGGCUGUCAUUUAAAGGAUGGUUUAGCUAGUGAGAUUCCUAUUGUGGUUAUACAAGGUCUCUUGUUUGUUUGUUUCUUUUAAAUUAUUUUAGCUUUAAAAAUACAGAAAUGGAAUCUGUCAAGAGCAGGUAUCUCAUACGGUUAAAAAAAUGAACAUGCAGACUCCUUUUCAAUAUGGGUUUAUAUAUAUAAGUAUUUUUUGUGUAUUAUGACUACGUUAGGAGUUUAAUAUUGCCAAGGACAGUACAACUGCAAAGGGAUGCUGUAUAGCAGCACAUCAGAAGUCGGAAGGAACUGACAUAUUUUCUCAGAACUCAAGGUCUUAAAAGAGCUUGAGUUAAAUCUAGGUACAGUUACAGGCGUGUAUAGACUUAAAUGGAUGCAAUGGAAGCUAACUAAAAUAAGGCUUAGUUGUCCUUUCUAUUUAAAUACCCCGAAUUGUCUUCUUACUUCCUCUCCCCUCUCCCAUUUUGCACUGUGUGUCGAUGCAAUCUUCGCUAGCACAAAAUAUUGUCGCUAAUAGUCAUUUCUGUUUUCCCAUUGUAAAUGCUGUUGAGCUUUAUUCUAUUUUACGUUACCUUGUUAAUGAAAUUUAGGAAAGCAGUUGUUUCUUUAAAUUUAUUGUGAUAUUCUAUAUCUAGCGGCCUUUAUAUGCAAAUAAAAUUGCAAGAUUUUUAAA